AUGGUGGAUACCUCUCCCACGCCGCAGCCUCCGCUCCGGAUCGGCACUCGACGAUCCAAUCUGGCCAUGGUCCAGGCGGAGGGUAUCCGGGAUAGCCUGCAAAAGGUAGCCCCGGACCGAUCGUAUGAGAUUGUCGCGCUCCGCACACUGGGCGAUCGCGACAAGCAAACAGCGCUGUACAACUUUGGCGCCAAGAACCUGUGGACGACUGAGCUGGAGGAGAAGCUCACAUCCGGCGAACUCGAUGUCAUUGUGCAUUGUCUGAAAGACCAGCUGACAGCACCAGACAUGCCGACAACUCUCCCCGACACCUGCCAGCUCGCCGCGAUCCCGCCGCGGGAUGACCCGCGGGACGCGCUGAUCGUAAAGGCCAGUCUGCCGUACACCAGCUUGCAGAGCCUCCCCGCGGGCGCGGUGGUGGGCACCUCGUCCGUCCGCCGCUCGGCGCAGCUCCGCCGUCUGUACCCGCAUCUGCGGUUUGCCAAUCUCCGCGGCAAUGUGGAGACGCGUCUUGCGAAGGUGGACGAUCCGGAGAGCGAGUACACAUGCAUGAUCAUGUCUGCGGCGGGUCUCGAGCGCGUGGGUCUCCAGUAUCGCAUCAACCAGUACCUGGGUUCCAGGGACGGUGGUAUUCUGCAUGCUGUCGGGCAGGGUGCACUGGGGUUGGAGAUUCGGAAGGGAGAUGCGCAGAUGCUGGAAUUGCUGGGUCAGCUGGCUGAUAGGAAAUCUACUCUUGCGUGUCUCGCUGAGCGGUCGCUUAUGAAGACGCUAGAGGGUGGGUGCAGUGUGCCCAUUGGGGUGGAAACGGAGUGGCUGUCUUCUGGGGAUUUGAGGAUGCACAGUAUUGUCGUCAGUUUGGAUGGCACGCAGUGCGUCGAGGACAGUAUCACUUCGAAAGUCGGGACGGAUGAUGAAGCGGCGGCGUUCGGAGAAGAACUCGCGGCCAGACUGGUCAAGGCUGGCGCAGGGCAGAUUCUAAACGACAUCAAUGCCAAUCGGCCUCCCAAGGACUGA